AGCCUGGGAAGGAGUGGGUGUGCCCAUCUCGACAAUGACCCUUUUUCCAUUGGUUGUGUGCCUUGUCGAUCAGAAAACAUCACAAAGCUCCCUUCGACCCUUCCUCCACCGUUCCACAACACAUUCCAAUUCGACGAUCUCCCCUCACCCCCCCCCAAACGGCCAGUGCCAUUGGGACAAUCCACAAGAGGAUCGCCCAGUGCGUUCAGCCGGACAGCGGUGGACGAAAUCCGUUCCGACAGGCACAGCUGCGUCCGGCGCUUUCUAAGCUCGGCCGUUCCCUGCGAUUUGGAAGCCGAACCGCCUCUAUUUUCGGAUUGAAGAAGCGAACGGGUCGUGCUGCCGCGGGUGCGAUGUUCCCCGUGCGUGCCGCCGACGUGCGCCAUUCCGGCUGAAGCGGCGGUGGUGUUGUUAUCGAGACCGGCGAAAACUUGGGGCGUCAGUGAAAGCGGACCGGUUAGAGCAAAGCUCGCGGACAAUGAAGACGUUAUUCUCCAACUGAAAGACGUUCCAAUUCAUUGUUUUUUAAAAAAAAUAAUCUAUAGAUCUAGGUAUCUCGGAAGAUUAUAUUUAAAAAAAACAAUACUCGAGGCCGGUAAGAGUUUACGGGGUUCCUCGUUCUUUAAUUUUAAUUCAGCAUGCCAUUGGUGAAAAGGAACAUAGAGCCCAGAUAUCUGUGCCAUACAGUACUGCCAGGGAGUAUCCGGAAUGAACUGGAAUGUGUGACGAAUGUUUCUUUAGCAAACGUAAUCCGGCAGCUGAGUAGCCUAAGUAAAUAUGCUGAAGAUAUAUUUGGGGAGCUCUUCAAUGAAGCUCAUAGUUUCUCCUUCAGGGUUAACUCUCUCCAGGAACGUGUUGACCGUCUUUCUGUUAGCGUGACACAAUUGGAUCCAAAAGAGGAGGAACUCUCUCUUCAAGACAUUACUAUGAGGAAAGCUUUUCGAAGCUCUACUGUUCAAGAUCAGCAACUGUUCGACCGCAAAUCAUUGCCCAUUCCGUUGCUGGAAACUUACAGCAUGUGUGAGAAGCCCCCACCUCUGAACAUCCUUUCUGCAUACAGAGAUGACGGUAAAGAUGGCUUAAAAUUCUACACAAAUCCAUCAUACUUCUUUGAUUUGUGGAAAGAGAAAAUGCUCCAAGACACUGAAGAUAAGAGGAAGGAACGGAAGCAAAAGAAACCAAUAGAUCGUAAUCGAGAACCGGACAAAGUGCCUAGAGCGCCUCAGGAUAGACGAAAAGUAUGGGAGAAACAGGCACCAGGUUUAGAGCUUGCAGUUGAUGGAGAUUUUCCACAGAAACACAGAGAUAAUAUCAACGGACCACCAGUGUAUCCUGAACCAAGGAUGGAACCCUGUGUUGAUCACCCAGAUGACCAUCUUGACCACUUUGUACAGUCCACAGUACCUUUUAGACACAUUAGUGAACAUCCCAGUGGAAUGAGUGACAAAUUGUUCGUUUCAAGACCACAUGAGCCACCCCCGCCUCCACCAGUACAAACAGCAGUUGACAUGAAGGCUGUACCACCGGCUUUUAGUUCCAACUCUGAUGUAAUAGAUCAUCGACUUAGGUCACCAGCGACAAGCAAAGCAACAGUUUUUGUGAGUCCUGCUAUUCCACCUCCCCCUCCCCCACUGCCACCACCACCACCACCUCUUCCUGCUACUGUGUCAGGAGCCUCAGUCAAAGCAACCAUCAACUCAACACCUCCAAUUGCUCCUCCACUGCCACAGCCAAUGGUAUCUGUUCCGCCAGCUACACCUCUUCAGAUUGCCCCUGGAGUACUUCAUCCAGCUGCUCCUCCUGUGGCCCCUCCAUUAAUAAAACCUUCCCUUCCAGUUUCUGUCACAGCACCUGGGAUUGAUAUGAUGACAACCUUUCCAGCUCAGACAAAUGAAGGACAGGGACUUCCUCCGCCACCGCCACCUCCACCACCACCACCACCUCCCCCACCUGGACCACGAUCCUUUUCUCCACUUCUCGGAGGACCUGUCCCACCACCUCCUGGGCCCCCUCCUCCACCAUCUUUUGGCACUAGACCUCCUGUUCCCUCGGUCCCACCAUCAUCUCCUUCCCAAGCACAUCCAGGAUCUGAAGCCAAGCGGCAUCCAUCUUCUCUGCCAGUGAUCAGUGAUGCUCGAAGUGUUUUGCUUGAAGCAAUUCGCAAGGGCAUUCAACUUCGCAAGGUGGAAGAGCAACGUGAACAGGAGGCAAAACAUGAACAAGUUGGAAAUGAUGUGGCAACCAUUCUCUCUCGACGUAUUGCAGUGGAGUACAGUGACUCUGAGGAUGAUUCUGAAUUUGAUGAGGUGGACUGGCUGGAAUAAUGCACCUGACUAAGUUGUGCACUGUGGAGUUUGGUAUUGACAUUCAUUGUGGCACUCCAUAGGAAUGCAUCCACAUUUCAUAGUUCAGGGGGUUGGUGGGGAUGGGGGGGGGGGGGGGGGGGGAAUGUUGUUUUUGUAUUUGUAAGACUACAGCAUUAACUGGUACACUUGAUAGUUUCCUGAGAUGGAGAAUCAUUUUUGGUUCAUUUCACCUUGCAUCAUUUUUUAAUAUUCAAGCUAGGUGUUUUCGUGUUGGUCACAGUUCUGUGGAGAGAUUUGUUUUGUAUGUUUAUAGAACAAAAACAAACCACUAAGUAUUACAAAUGGGUCACUGUGCAAUUCUACAGAUCCCAUUUUCAGAAUCUUGUGCUUUGUCUGAGUGCACUGGACUUUGAGAGAAAAUAUUUGUACCCAAAGUUGAAGAGCAGCUCUGAUUUGUACUGUAAAGCACAUUAGAAAUGCUAUUUGUAAGCUAGGUCUUGCACUAUAGUUGUUUCAGAUGUGAAGAGACAACACGCCCUUGUAGAAAGCAUUGCCUAAAUUAGUACUGUUUAAACAACCAUAUGCACUAAUAUUCCAUCAUGAGUAAAUGGACUGCCUGUAAUAAAUAGAAGUCAUUGAUACGUUGUGGUGACUUGCCUUACUCCAAUAUUAAUAUUUUAAAUAAGACUUCUUUUUGGUUGAAUGUACUAUUUUGCCUGCACAUUGUGUUCAUCUGUGAAAACUACUGAUUAGAAGACAUUGCAUUACCUAUUUAACUGCAAGUGAUACAAAAAUAACAGUUUUCCUGGUAUUUGCUGUAUUUAAUAAUAAAUCAAAAUUUGUUUGAAA